UCAUUUUAGAAGGACUGUAUAAAAGAGACCAAGAACAACACACUUCAUCUUGAGCAAAGAUUCAUCUUGAGCAAAGACAGCAGUUUUAGCAUGGAGUGGAACGGGAGGUUGCUGGUCCAGUUGUUAAUGCUAGUGUGUGUGUUGGAGGUUAGUCUUUGCCAGCACUGGUCAUACGGUUGGCUUCCUGGCGGAAAGAGAAGCGUUGGUGAAGUGGAGGCAACAUUUAGGAUGAUGGAUGCUGGUGAUGCAGUACUGUCCAUUCCUGCAGACUCUCCAAUGGAGCGGCUUUCACCGAUACGCAUAGUGAAUGAAGUGGAUGCUGAAGGUUUGCCUCUGAAAGAACAGAGAUUUCCCAACAGACGAGGAAGAGUUUAAAAGCAUAAAGGAUGAAGACAAACCCUUGGAGCCAAUGAGAAUAAAUUUAAGUUUUAUUCCAUGUGAACAACAUGUUUUAUUGAGUCCUACUGGAAUAUCCUCCUCGUAUGGUUUUAAUAAAUAUAUUCUGCAU